UCCCGCUGGAAAUCUAAUUGCCACCAGUGCGUCAGGGAGGCGCUGUUCCGCGCCUGCGCACACCGGAGGCGCGUCUCGGCGUAAUGGCGGCCUCGGAGAGGAGUACGAGGGAUAAGCUGUUGGGAGUGUUAGAUGAUCUGGAAGUGUUAUGUAGGGAAUUAAUUGAGCUACUUGCGUUAUCCAGAAACCAAAAAAUUGCACAGCCAGGUGAAGAAAAUCAGAUCUUGAAUCUGUUGAUUCAGAAGGAUGGAGAAUUCCAAGAAAUAGUAAAAGUGGCAUUGGAGCAAGGUAGAAUCCAGGAGGAAAUGCACCUUCUGGAGAAAGAGGUGGAAAAAAGAGAUGGUGACAUCCAGCUGUUACAGAAACAGCUCAAGGAGGCUGAACACAUAUUGGCCGCUGCUGUGUAUCAAGCCAAAGAGAAAUUAAAAUCUAUAGAGAAAGCAAGAAAAGGUGCAAUCUCAUCCGAAGAGCUUAUCAAAUAUGCUCAUAGGAUAAGUGCUAGCAAUGCAGUAGCAGCACCAUUAACAUGGGUCCCAGGUGAUCCACGGAGACCAUAUCCUACUGAUCUGGAAAUGAGGAGUGGUCUUCUAGGACAACAAAGUAACCUUUCAACCAAUGGAAUGAAUGGGCAUUUACCUGGCGACGCAUUGGCUGCAGGCAGAUUACCAGAUGUACUUGCACCUCAAUACCCAUGGCAAUCAAAUGACAUGCCCCUCAAUCUAUUGCCUCCAAAUCACAGCAAUGAUUUUAUGUUGGAACCUCCUGGUCAUAACAAAGAGAACGAAGAUGAUGUGGAAGUUAUGUCAACAGAUUCUUCAAGUAGCAGUAGUGACUCUGACUGAAGGCAUUAUGCCCCGUCGUUCAAAACAACAUUUUUGCUGUUCCUUCCUAUUUGAUAUUGUUGAUGCAGAAUUGAUAUGAACAUAUUUAUAUUUUGAUAACCUUUGUUGUGAGAUGGAUAAAAUUCUGUACAUGUGUGAAGUGAUGCUUAAAGACACGUCUUCUGCAGAAUUUAACUUGUUAUCCAGUUAUUUUUGAUUGUAGAAGAUAGUAAGAACACUAUAAAGUAAAAUGUCCUGGAUCAAUUUAUUCUGUAGACUUUCAAACCCUGAAAUAAAGAGCUAAAUUGCUCUGCUAUAUGUUAGUUACAGCAUUUUCUCUAGAAAAGGUGGAAAUAAGUGGUUUAUCCUACAAUAAAAUUCUAAAAAUUCAAAACUUCAUAAGUUUAUAAUGUAACAUAAUGCAGAAAAGAGAAUUGAAAAAAGAAAGUGAAAAUAGCAACUAUUGCAGCUUUUACCUGCUAUGUUAGUGAGAAUUAAAUACAUUCUCAUAAACCAGUUAAGCUGUGACAAAAAAGGAAGCCACAACCCUAAAGUCUAAAAAUUACACUAUUACAGGAGUAACUUAGCAACUAUGUUAGAACUGGUUUCCCAAAAUGUGACAAUUUCAUUUUCCUUUCUCCCUCUCAAACGUGACAUCUCUUGUCUCUUAGUCCAGACUCUUUUUAUAGGGACAAUUAGACUGAUUAGUUCACUGUGAUAUUACAAUACAUUUUCCACAAUAAAAAAAUUGUUUGUACAAAAUACUGUUUGAAAUGUAUAUUUUGUGAUUAAGUAUGUUUUCUAUAUUGUAAAUAAAUACUGUCUUUUACACACAUAAUAUUCAUGGUUUUACUUAUGGGGAUAUUUUUUUAACUGAUCUUCCAUACUUAAGAGUCUUCCCAAACUUCUAAGAAGCCUGCAAAAUCAUAACGCCUCAAUGGGAACCAAAGGUUCAAGGAACUAGACCAUGGCAUGAAUAAGGUUGGGAACCCCUGAUGGGAACCAAAUGAUACUCUCCACACUUGAAUGAUUACCACCACAAUCAGAUAUGUGAGUGCGGUAGUCAUAUCCCUGCUCCACCGAUGACAGUUCACAAACGCCAUUGUUGGUUUCAGGAAGAGAGUGACAUGUGCUUGAGUGGUAUUUUAAUGCUCGAACAGGAGAGAAAACUGCUUAAGUAUGCCUCCCUAUCCAUGGGAAACAGCUGGCUGCUCACACAGAGAAGCCCUUCACUCAGAAUUGUGAGCUGCUUUCAAAUAUGUGUGAUCUGCUGACAAGUGGCUCCUUGUUACUCAAAGAGGCCGUAGAUCUGCGCAUGAGAGGAACUUCUCUGCUCAAUGGAAACAUCAAGCUUUUCCUUAGCAUCUCUCUCUAUUCUGGGAGCUUUGAGAGCUACAUUAGCAUAGGCUAGUGCAACACUAUUACAGUUUGGGGUGCUGGAGUUCAAUUCUGAGGUCAUCUUCAAGGAGUCUGUACAUCCUCCCCGUCGAAUGUGUGUGUUUCCUCCUUGUGCUCUCGUUUCCUCCCAUGGUCUACAGAGGUAUCAAAAGGGUAACUGAUCAUUAUAAACUGUCCAGUAGGCUAGGGUUAAAUUGAGGGUUGCUGGGCUGUGUGGGCUAUUCCACUCUUUAUCUCUAAAUAAAAUAAUAAUAUAAAAUUACAGAGCAUAUUUCCAACAGGAUCAGGCUGAGACCACAUAGAAACAGGGAUCGGCGGGAAGAUGGCGAUGUGACGCAGCUCGCAGCGGCCACUCCGGUGGUGAUGUCUGUUAUUUGUCAAGUCAGGUGCCAUGCACAAUUCUGAUUUGAUGGAGACGGACGUAAGAGCAUGGAGGAACAUCUAGUGAAACUUCUGAAAUGCCUGCUUUGCUGCUACUGUGUGAUCCAGAAUCUCCGGAGGAGAAGGCCCCGAGUCCUCGGCUUUGCUUGUUGCUUGGCGGCCGAGGUGGGGUCGAAGCGCUCGGAGAGGCUGUGUCAGACGGGCUGGUCGGAGGCUUGAAGUUUUUGGACGGACUCAGAGUCCACUGCGUUUGGGUGCUUCCAAUGGUGCUAUCGGCAAGUUGGCAGCACAUGGAGGUUCAUGACAGGGAGAGUUCCUCCCUUCUGCCGCCUGCAUGAGAUGAUGAGUCUAUCGGGACUUUGAGACUUUUUUUUUAACCGUGCCCAUAGUCUGCUCUUUAUCAAAUUAUGGUAUUGGUUUGCACUGUUGUAACUUUGUUAUAAUUAUGUGGUUUUGUCAGUUUUAGUCUUGGUUUGUCCUGUGUUUUCUUGUGAUAUCAUUCUGGAGGAACGUUGUAUCAUUUUUUAAUGCAUGCAUUUUUAAAUGACAAUAAACGAAAACUGAACUGAACUUCAUAUGGUAUCAUUCUCUACACAGAACCAUCACUUGAGAGGUGCUAUAUUACUGGAUUUGUGCUAAGGAGUGGAGGAGUGUCAUGGUUGCCUUGAAAAUAAAAAAUAACAGGGAACCUUAUGCCUGCUCUGCCAUUCAAUCUUAUUUUCCUGGAGUCAUAAGCUAUCUCUUGAUCCCUGGUAAAUCCUACGAUAAAAUACACUGCUCCAAGAUAUGUUGCUCAUUCUUCACAAUGCCUCUCUACAGUGGUGCUAUAGGAUGUCAAAACGCAAAGAUGCAUUUUGGUCAUUGC